CUAGAAACACACCACGUGUCCCCAUAUGUCCCCACUAGUCGGUGACCCUAGAAUUCCCUUCGGAGUCUCCAUAAAUAGAAAUAAAAGAACAAAAUAAAAAUAUCGCAAAACCCAACCGAAAGAAAAAAAAAAAAUGGCCUCGAAGCUUCUAGCUUCCACCGUCCGCCGUGCCAUUUCUAAAACCACCAGCAGCCGCCACCUCUCCACCAGCGCCGCAGCAGCCGCCACCGUUACCUCACCAUAUGACAAUGAAGAAAUCGUAACAGUAAAAGGCUUGAAAAUUUCUGCCAGACCUCUAUACCUAGAUAUGCAAGCCACAUCACCAGUAGACCCUAGGGUUUUAGACGCUAUGCUUCCCUAUUAUCUCGCGCGUUACGGUAACCCUCACUCGCGAACUCACCUAUACGGCUGGGAGUCAGAUUCUGCCGUCGAGACCGCCCGUUCCCAGGUCGCCGAUUUAAUCGGCGCGUCGCCUAAAGAAAUCGUUUUUACAUCGGGAGCAACGGAGUCGAAUAAUAUAUCAAUUAAAGGAGUAAUGAAGUUUUACAAAGAAAAGAAACGGCAUGUGAUAACAACACAGACGGAGCAUAAGUGCGUAUUGGAUUCUUGCCGUUAUUUACAACAGGAGGGUUUUGAGGUAACUUAUUUACCUGUGAAAAAUGACGGUAUUGUUGAUUUAGAGAAAUUAAGAAAUGCAAUUAGAGCUGAUACUGGGCUUGUUUCUGUUAUGGCGGUGAACAAUGAGAUUGGUGUGAUUCAACCGAUGGAGGAAAUUGGUAAAAUUUGUAAGGAAUUUAAAGUCCCGUUUCACACUGAUGCCGCCCAAGCUUUGGGAAAGAUUCCCAUUGAUGUGGAUAAAUGGAAUGUUAGCUUAAUGUCUUUGAGUGGACAUAAGAUUUAUGGUCCGAAAGGCAUUGGUGCUUUGUAUAUGCGGAGGAGGCCAAGGAUUCGAGUUGAGCCACAAAUGAAUGGCGGUGGACAAGAGAGAGGGAUUAGGAGCGGGACAGUCCCUACCCCUUUGGUUGUUGGUAUGGGUGCCGCCUGUGAAUUGGCCAAGAAAGAGAUGGGAUAUGAUGAUAAGAGAAUUAGAGAUUUGCAAGAGAGGUUGUUGAAUGGAAUUAAGGAGAAACUUGAUGGGGUUGUGGUGAAUGGAAGUGUUGAGAGACGUUAUGCUGGGAAUUUGAAUAUUUCUUUUGCCUAUGUUGAAGGGGAGAGUUUAUUGAUGGGAUUGAAGGAUGUGGCUGUGUCAAGUGGGAGUGCUUGUACCAGUGCGAGUUUGGAGCCUUCAUAUGUGUUGAGAGCAUUGGGAGUCGAUGAGGAUAUGGCACAUACUUCAAUUAGGUUUGGGAUUGGGAGGUUUACCACUGAGGCAGAGAUUGAUAGGGCUAUUGAGCUUACAGUCCAGCAGGUUGAGAAGUUGAGGGAAAUGAGUCCGCUGUACGAGAUGGUCAAGGAAGGGAUUGAUAUUAAGCAGAUCCAAUGGGCACAACAUUAACAGCUAGCAGAGGAUGAUCUGCUAUGAAUGUGAGCCAGCUAGGCAGUUCGAAUAUGCUUCUUGUUCCAAAUGUAGAUAUCUCAGUGAGAUGGAGCUGCCUAAGGGCAUGAUCGUAGAUGGGUUAUCAUACAGUUAGAGCUGCAGGUUGCAAUUGAUAAUGAGAUGUGAACGACGGAUUUGUGCGAAACUUUUUUGAAGGAGUUUGCUGAGGUUCCUUUUCUUGAAGAGGAUUGCUGAUGUCUCUUUCUUAUGUAGUAUCAGUGUGCAAAACUUGAAAUUGGCCUCAUAUGUACCCUUCCAGUUCUGUUCAUGCUUGAAAUGAAACCUGUUUGAGCUAACAGAAGAGCUGUACUAACAUGAAGAAACCCAGUUGAGCAUUAAAGCUGGUGGAAGGAUAUUGUAUGCUUGUGUGGAGUUAACGGGAAAGGAACAAUGUAAAGGAAUCUCAAGCAGCAUCCUAGCAUCAUGUUAAUCGUCUAGCAUAUAACUUGCAAGAAAUGUGAAGUGAUUCAUUGUAAAAGAGUGCCACAUUUAGUAUAUUUUUGGCACUGAGCAAUCAGGGUUAUAUCUGCGGAGGGUUUGUCCAGAUCUAGAGAGCCCGUUCGUUGUUUAAGCUUCCACACCACGGUAAUCUCAAUUGAUUUUAUAUGUAUAACAUGAGUGAAGUGGUGGUGGCGAGAACCACAAUUUGGGUCGUUAUACCUUAAUCUGAGAGCUUUGUUUCGCUUGGCCUAUCUGCAUUCGAUGCCUUCUAUUGUUUCUUACCAAGCAGCUGACUGAUAUACGUUUCAAGGCAUUUUCCAAGUUUUCUAACAAACUCUGUUUGAAAUGAUUAUUAUAUGAUUCAUUUAUAAUAUAUACAUAUUUUUUUUCCGCUUGAUAUCAUGACUUAUAUCUUGUACCAUGAUAUCUUUCUUUCUUUCUUUCUUUCUUUCUUUCCUAGAGCACCCCUAUUUUAAAUCUUGCAACUUGCUGGCUUCUGGCGAACGACAUUCAUAUCUGCCAACUCGCUAGCUUGGCCAAAAACUCGACGAGACAACAUGUUAGCUAGUCGCUAAUUUACAACAAGAGAAAGUAGAUACCUAUUGGUUUCUGCUGCUCAACGUUAUUAUGUUCCUUAUUUGCAUUAAAAAAUAAAAAUAAAAUUCUAACCUACCACACGGCACGUGCAUACUAAUAAUUUCUUGGGUUGGGUUGAUGAUCAGGAUAUUCUAGUUUGCAGGCAGAAAUCUAAAUAAAUGAAGCCUCUUCUUACGUCUUUAUCCAAAAAUUUGUUCUGCUCAAAAAGCAUAUCUGAACUUCAUUAAUUUGUUCGAGCUUCUUUUUCUUUCCGGUAUAUAUGGCUUUUUCUUAGGUUCCAUCAGAAGAUCAUAGAAGACAGCACAAGCAGAAGCAAAAUCAACUGGCUUCAAGUACUGCAAGCACCCUCCUGUUAGGUUUGUGUUGUUCCACAUCAAGCCUAGUUUUUUCAAGAAUCUGAUCAUCUUAUCCUUUCUAAAAGGCAAUAUGGCCCACGAAAAUGCCCUAUCAGACUAUUUUUACAUCAGAAAAAAAAAAAAAAAAGGAUAGGAAUCGUGUGAUAACUUGUUGCUUGAAGCGAUGAUCAGGAUAGUAUAUUUGUCCAUGAGUUGCGCUUUUUCUUUUUCUUUUUUUCUCUUCCAAUUUGUGUUUGUUGGAAUACAGCACAGUAAACAUUGUCCAAAAGACAUCGGGAAUCAGAAUCCGUUUUUCACUUUUGCUAGAAGACAACAGCUUUUUCAGUCUGUCCUGCCUUGACCUUUGCACCAACAUUCUUCUUUUUUCAAAAGUUUUUCUAUGGGCACACGUGACUGAUAUAUUGGGGUCUAAUAAGUAGUGAUGGUGGUGUCCACGUUUUAUUUGAUCUUUUCCCAAUGAAUCGCAAAUUAUGUAUAGUCCCGAGUGUUGAUGAAGGUGACAAUGGGGUGCCUUACCUCGAUUCAGGUUGUUAAAAGAUGAGCUUAUUUAGAUGUUCAUAAGCUUGUCCUUUUAAUCUGAGCACAUAACAGUACUGCUUUUCUUUUUUUCCUUUCUUUUUUUUUUUCUUCUUUUUAGGUUCUUUCAGUUAUUGGCAAAGGAUUCUGAUCUUGAUAAUAGCUUUAUCAUCCUUGAUCUUAGUGUUGUAGGAUGACUGAGAAGAAAAAAGUAAGUAAAUAUAUAUUAAUUAAAAGAGACCCAGAGCCUACAUAUAAUCAGUAGAUAGGUUUGACAAUGUUGAUAGAGGCAAUAGUUUGGUGGUAAUGAUUGUUCAUCAUAUCGUAAUAAUGUUGCUUGUAUCAACCACCAUAUAGGUGACAGUUAAUUAGGGAUACAACCGGACCCUCUUAUUUACUGCUAUGAGUAUGUACUCGUUUAA